CUACCAACGCCCAGUUCUCUUACACCAGGACUUACCAGCAAGGGUAACACCCUUAGGCAUGGUUGUCGUGCUGCUCAGUAGACCAGGACGGAUUGCUUGUUCACACGAAAUAUUUGCUAUGGCUAACCGGCAAACGCCGCACAUCAUACCUUAGUCUCACUAAAAGUUUAGUGAAGAAAGAUCAGUUUCUUCAUCGUUCCCUAAGUUGCAGACUUGGUGUAGCAACAGUGUAUUGUUGCGUUACGAAACGUGGAAUGCUAUACAGUCAAUACACCAAAAAUUUUGUUGCACACGGAAUUAAUAAACUUUUUUAAGAUUUAGCUAUUCUGUCGCUUGCUACGUUUUGUUCCGAUUUGUUUGAAAACCUGUUGCAUCUAUCCGGUACAUCAUCCAGUUAUUCUUCUUUUCGAAGCAAGUCGGCCACUGCUGAAGUUAUUCCAUCUAUCCUGGUGCGUAAGCUAUUCAUUAAAUCUGUCGUGGCUGUGGAAGGUCAGUCAAUAGAGCAAUAAAUCCUUGGAUAAACGGAAGAUAAAAAGAAUGAUUCAAGAUUCACUGGUCGUGGAAUUCUCCGGCAAAUUAAUCGAAAAUGAAAGGUGUGGAACUGUGGGACAAAAGUACCCUGUCUUCAUUAAGGUAUGGAGCUCUCCAGGAGAGCAGUCAUCCCCCUACAAAUUUGAAACAGGAGCAUGCUUGCCGUCUGUCACAGUCCGCGGACCUUUACGCGAGGCUUCUCGUUCUUUUGAAGACGACACCAAUGGCUCUGAAUAUUUUUAUUGCCCUCACCAGCUCGAGUAUACAGGUCGCAAGACAUCGGAAAGCAUCAACCACAUAACAUGUCCUUUACAUCAUUUGACAACUAAUAACAGCAACGGUGGAAGUUUACGCCUGCGACCGACUGUAACAAGAAAACAGUUAAAUAAGCCGAUCUUUAAAAUAACCUUUAAUGUACGACAACUGGAUUGUUAUCUCUUGGAAACAAUCCUCUCGUUUCCUCAAGCCGGCAAAUUUGAAAUCGAUAUCAUUUUGCCAAACAGCACCGUCAUUGGCAGCCCCUUAAAGGUUGAUAUUUUUCCCAUUGGAAUUCGAAAAAAAUCAUACGGAGAUCAGUUACGAAGCUCUUCGGGUACAGAUAUGGUACUUAAAGAUGCUGCUGCUGAAGACGAUAGCCUCAUCAACCGAAUCGGCUGCCGCGGACGAGCCAAAGGACAGUUCAUUAACCCACAAGAUAUCAGCACAACUGUUUCGGGGAGAAUUUUAGCUACAGAUUCCAACAACCAAUGCGUCCAGAUUUUCAAGGCAAAAAGAACUCAAAAUGAAAUACAAUUUUCGAGUUUUGGAAGUUUACCUAUCGUACGCGGCCGGCUCCUGGGUCAGCUGCAGCGACCAACAGGCAUUGCCUUCCUGCCGGAAGGUGAGCAGUUUAUUAUUGCUGAUUAUGAAAAUCGUUGGGUCUCACUUUUUGAAGCCAGAGGAAAAUUUUUAUCUCGCUUUGGAAUGGGCAAACUACAAGGUCCUAAAGGUUUAGCCGUUGACGGAAAGGGCCACAUAUAUGUGGUGGACAAUAAGGCAUCAUCAGUUUGUGUUUUCCUGACCAAUGGACGUUUUGUUGGACGGUUUGGUUCACGCGGUGUUGGCGAGGAUCAUUUAGCUGGUCCUCACUUUAUUGGAAUCAAUAGUUUUGGCCAUGCUAUUAUCUCAGAUUUUCAUAACCACGCAGUUAAGGUGUUUGAUUCUACUGGUCAAUUUUUAUACAGCUUUGGAUGCAAUGGCGAAGACGAAGGGCAGUUUAACGCUCCGACGGGAGUUGCUAUAGAUCCGUAUGACAAUAUUUUAGUAGCAGACUGGGGAAAUUCUCGUGUACAGGUGUUUGACCGCCAAGGAACUUUUUUACAGUUUAUCGACAGUUCUUCCGAUCCCCUCUAUGGCCCUCAGGGAUUGAGCCUAUGUGAUGGAAUUUUGUAUGUUGCGGAUUCAGGAAAUCACUGCAUUAAAGUUUACAAAUACGAUAACUUUGUUACAAAUGUGACUCAAGUCGAAUAAAUGGUUCCCUUCUGAAAAUAAAAACAAA